GUGUCAGUCUGGCAUAUUGUGGCUAAACCACAAGACGCACCUCUUUGCGCUUGCGUGCGGCGCGCUGGAGGGAAGUCUCGUACUUUGGUCCCUUUGGCGCAUCCUCAAACACCAUAUUCAUGUAGUCAUCCUCCUCGUCCGAUUGCGCCAUGUUGUGCUAGUGAGUUGUGAAUGGUCUCAAAAUUUGUGUUGUCGACUCGCGCGCUGCAACUUGCAGGAGUGCCCGCAGCGGCAGCGACCCACCUUCGUAGCGUUCCCUUGGCAUAUGUCAGGGCAGGCGAUCCCCCAGAGUCUUCUUUCGACCACAUCUCCUCGCCCAGCCUGCUACUGCCAUCGGCCCUCAAUCAGCGCUAUAGUGACGCAUCGCGCACACUGACGCGGGUGCACAUUAGGCCUUCCAACGAUCUCGUCUCCAGCCGUAGACCAAGGAGGCUCGAACAACGACUUCCGCCACCUACGUUUCUUGGGGAAAAGGGCUGGGCCGGCCCUGAGUGCCAUACAAAUCGACUUGGAUACGACAUCAACCGCAGAUGGCGGGUGUUUCGGAUGCCAAGGCACCCCCUGCUCGAUGUUGAUUUAGACGACUUGCAGUGCGACGAAGCCAUCCGCUUGCAUCCUAUGUCCCAGCGUGUAUAUCGAGAUGCAGAGAUGCAGCCGCUUGAUGGGUGUUGGGGUUGAUUCGGCUCGAGUCCUUGAUUUCGGCUUUUGGCCUUCAUGUGAAUGAGGGGGCUGGUGUUUCUCUUACCUGAGGCAAUAAACCUCUGCUCACCUGCUGCUUUAGACGGCUUUAGAUUACUU